AUGAAACGCUUUUGGGGCCUUCGUGGGCGCGGGCUCAACGCUGCCAUAUGGGCCUUGGCCAUGUUCGCGGUCAUGAUCUUUGGGUACAACCAGGCUGUGGCCGGCGGAGUCCUCACCACGCCGUCCUUCAACAGGCAAUUUCCCAAGAUGGACGUGAUUGACACAACUGGCGCGCAGAAGCAUUACAAUUCCACGAUCCAAGGCACCGUUAUCGCCCUGUAUACCCUGUGUGGCACAUUCGGAGCUCUAGCAUGCACUUUUCUAGGCGACAUCCUCGGACGACGAGGGACCAUCUUUCUAGCCACCGCCGUGCAAAUGGUCGGGGGCAUCCUGAUGGCAUCCUCGUUCUCGUUUGCGCAAUUCAUCGUUUCCCGCAUCGUCGUGGGCCUGGGGACAGGUGGCAUCAUCGCCACCGUCUCGGUGUGGCAGUCCGAACUUUCCAAGGCCGAGAGUCGCGGCGAACACGUCUCAGCCUUUGGCAUCUUCUGCGGCUUAGGCCUGGUAUUGGCUCUAUGGAUCGACUUCGGCUUCUCGUACUUUUCGGGCUCUGUGUCGUGGCGGUUCCCCUUUGCCUUUGAGAUCGUCCUCUCCGUCAUCGUCAUGACCUUUAUCUUCACCCUACCCGAGUCUCCUCGCUGGCUGAUCAAGAUGAACCGUGUCGAAGAGGCACGGGAUAUCAUCGGUCUGCUCCACAACGUCGACGCACACGAUGAUGAGGUCCAGAAGGAGAUUCGCGAGAUCCAAGCCGCGCUCGAACUCGCUGGGACUUUCUCCCUCAAGGCCCUGUUCAUAAUGGGACCACAGAGGACAUUCCAUCGGGUCUUGCUAGCUGCGGUUGUGCAGAUCUUCCUACAAAUGACCGGUGUCAACGCCAUCACGUAUUACGCCUCGUCCAUCUACGAAUCCGACCUGCACUUUGACGCGACCGUGUCUCGAAUCCUCGCGGCGGCGUCGCAGUUCGCCAUCAUCCUCGGAUCGUGCCUGUGCUCGUGGACGGUGGACCGGUUCGGGCGACGGCCGCUGAUGCUGUUCAGCUCGGCGGGGAUGGCGGCGUGCAUGGCGUGCCUGACAGGGCUGGUGUCGGACCCGGACAACAGCGCGGCGCUCAAGGCGGCCGUCUUCUUCCUGUACCUAUACUACGUGGUCUACACGAUCGGGUUCCUGGGGAUCCCGUUCCUGUACGCGUCCGAGAUCGCCCCCGCACACCUGCGCGCCGCCGUCUGCGGCAUCUCGACGGCCGUGUCGUGGCUGUUCAACUUCCUCGUCGCCGAGGUCACCCCGGUGGCCUUCACCGACAUCGGCUACCGCUACUUCAUCGUCUACGCGGCCCUCAACGCCGCCUUCGUCCCCGUCAUCUACUUUUUCUUCCCCGAGACCGCGGGCCGCUCCCUCGAGGAGCUCGACGAGAUCUUUGCCGCCUCAAAGUCCUUCCUCGACCCCGUCCGCGUCGCAGGCAGACUGCCCCAUCGUCGUCGUCUCGGCCACGUUCUCGACGAGUCCUCGGGCCAGGAAACCGCCGAGACAAUCGUCCAGGUCGACCACAAAGGCUCGAGCAGUCAGGGAGAUGCCGAUCCCGAGGGUGUCCAGCAUGUGGAGAAUCCAGACAAUAUGGUUGUGGAUCCCCGGUGGACGGAGAAGGGCGAGGUGUGA